AUUAUUCCAGAGAUGAUUGCAGUCUUCUUUUUGGUGGUCCUUUUCUUCUCGGCCUGGUAUCUCCUGACCAAGAAGGCGCACGAAGUGGACAAAGUGCCCGGCCCACCCACCCUGCCUCUGAUAGGAAACUCGUUGAGUUUCGCCACUUCCAGGGAAGAGGCUUAUAAGAAAAUGAUGCAACUCACCAAAACUUACUACCCCCUCAUGCGCACUUGGAUGGGCCCGAAUCCCGUCAUCCACCCCCUGGACCCUAGAACCGUCGAGGUCAUUCUCACGAGCAGCCAGCACAUCACGAAGAGUUUGGAGUACGGCUUCAUCUCAGACUGGCUCGGAACGGGGCUUCUCACCAGCACUGGUUCUAAGUGGCACUCGAGACGAAAACUGCUGACGCCGGCGUUCCACUUCAAGAUCCUGGAGCAGUUUGUGCCAGUAUUCGCAGAAAACACGGCGAUACUGGUGGAAAUACUCAAGAAGAAGAUAAAGAAUAAUAAUUCGGCGCCCGUGAACAUCGUUCCGUUGGUCACCCACUGCGCCCUUGACAUCAUCUGCGAAACAGCCAUGGGAACGUCGGUGCACGCGCAGACGGACAGCGAAUCCGAGUAUGUGUCGGCGAUGUAUGAGAUCACCGACUUGAUCGUGUACCGGAUGCUGCGUCCGUGGCUUCAUCCCGGCUUUAUCCACGAUAUGACGCCCACGGGAAGAAAUUUCAAACGUUGUCUCAAAACUUUGCACGGAUUCACAAAUAAUGUAAUUCAGGAGAGAAAGGAGGAGUUCAGGCGGAGAAAGGCGAGUGGGGAACCAGCACACGACGGGGACGACAUAGGUAUGAAAAAGAGAACUGCAUUCUUGGACUUGCUGCUAGAAAUGAGUGAAGGAAAGGGGGAGUUUUCUGAUGAAGAUAUUAGGGAAGAAGUGGAUACUUUCAUGUUUGAGGGUCACGACACAACCGCAAUGGCGAUGAGUUGGGGACUGUACUAUCUUGGCUGCAAUCCUGAUGUGCAGCAAAAAUGUGUCGAAGAGUUGGAAGAAAUCUUUGGCGAUGAUAAUCGAGCACCAACGUACACCGACUUGUCACAAAUGAAAUAUUUGGAGCGCGUGAUCAAGGAGACAUUGCGGCUGAGACCCUCCGUUUUCAUGAUUGGACGGCAGGUCACUACAGAUCUUAAAUUUGACGGGUACUCCUUCCCAAAAGGCACGGGAAUUUAUUUGCACAUCCUCAGCAUUCACCAAAACCCAAAGCUAUACCCCAACCCUGAGAAAUUCGACCCUGACAGGUUUCUGACAGAAAACGCUCUUGGCAGACACCCUUACGCGUACAUUCCGUUCAGCGCUGGACCAAGAAAUUGCAUUGGUCAAAAGUUUGCUAUGCUAGAGCAAAAGUCUCUCUUGUCAACUCUGCUGAGGAACUUCAAAUUGAAAACAGCUUACCCAGAGAAGAGCAGUGAAUAUAUUCCAGACUUGAUUCUGAGACCGAAAAAUGGGAUUGAGAUCGAGCUCGCAUUGAGAAAAUAAAUAUAUUUAUAAUCA